AUGGAAGAUUCAGUUACGGAUCCUGUUUUCAUAUUUACGGUCAAUACUGCUGCUAAUACUAAAUUAUACCGUAUGUUUCAUAUUUCUACACCUACUGGAGAAUCAUCUGACGUAAAUAUGUUGCUCGAUACAGGUUCGGCAGUUACAACUUUGCCUCAUAAAAUUUACCAACAGCAUUUCUCUACUGCCUUACUUUCUAAACCUGUUAUGAAUUUAACAUCAUAUCAAGGAAAUGCUAUUGAUGUUGUUGGGUGUAUGCAAGCUGCUAUUGACUUUGAGAAUAUAACUGCAAAUGUGACUGUAUUUAUUACAUACGGUGAUACCGCUCUUAUUGGUAUGGACGUAAUCAAGAAAUUGGGUCUUGUGAUUUCUUCAAACUCUGUACUUGUCAAUACAGUAGUGGACUCAUUUGUACAUAAAGUUAUGGUUGAUACUAAUGCUAAACCAGUGCUACAAAAGUUGCGCCGUUUACCACUAGCUGUACGUGUAUAUUUAUCUUGGUAUCCUCUUCUUUCAAAAUGGAAAGUUCCAUCGCGCACAUAA